AUGUCAAAGGUACAAAAAGUCACGGAGUACCAAGAACGCGUCUAUGCACUCCUGCAGCAGAUACCCGAGGGGCGCAUCACAACAUAUGCUGCAAUGUCGAAAGCGUUGAACAGCUCUCCGCGCGCAGUUGGCGGCGCGCUGAGAAGCAAUCCAUUCGCACCCGAUAUACCUUGUCAUAGGUGUAUAGCUAGCACAGGUUUUGUUGGCGGCUUUAAGGGCGACUGGGAAAAAGUGCCAAGCGGGCAGAACCAAGAGUCGAAACGGAUGUUGCUUGAAGGCGAAGGCGUGUUAUUUGAUGCGAAUGGGUACUUGAUUGACAAGAAAGUCUUGUGGGAUGAGUUUGAUAUGAAGAAGUUGAGGUGA